AUUGCAAGGAACAUCAGAGGAAUCAGAGGAAUAUUAUAUUUUACGCAAGGCCAUUUUACUUACCUUCGCCUCCGCCCGCCCGGUUGUUCAAACAUUGAAAUCUUGUAUGGAGAGUUGUGGUUGGCGGGUUUGAGGAAUUUGCUCCCAUGAAAACUUCUUACUGGUGAUCAAUGUAUUUGCAUAUGAGUAAAUUUUAGCCAUUAUUCCAUCCAUCGACGAACACUUGGAAAAAACUCACGUCCUUUAGCUAUCGCAGCUAUUUAAUUCCGGAAUAGCAUACAUAUUUAUGCAUUAAACACUCUGGUGAAUAUGGUGGACAAGGACCCGAAAAGCGCUUUACCAGACCUCACGGCCGAAUAUCGAAUUAUAACCGAGUCUAUCGAAAAAGAAGAGAAGCACAUCAAGCUAGUCGAAAAUUACGGCAUCAACCCAUUCAGAAAAAGGGAGGCCCUCGCUGGAAAGCCCAACUCUCCAUAUGACACGGUUGAUCCCAAUGCGCCAAUAGACAAGGAAUUCAUCAACACUGUCAACAAGUUCAAUCGCAUUCCUCGCGAGAAGUACGAGUGUCCUCAGACUACCUCUCACGAGUACGGUUGGCACUCGCGGCCUCUCCUGAUUCAGGACCGCUCUGACCGGCGCCUGCACCACCAGCACAAGUACCAGGACAUCACGCUGUUCAACGAGUUCCUCAUCCGAAGCUGCCCCACCAUGAUCAAGGGAGACAACUAACCGCUGAGCGGCCGGACCCGCCGUCUAACAAUGUAGACUGAUGAAGGCAUGGCUCAUAGAGACCAUUAACACUAUAUCAGCGUCGUAUUAUUAACCUCCCGGAAACAUUAAACGCCGCGAUUUCGGCUAAAAUCGCGGUUGAAGGCUAUAUCAGCUCAGAUUUGAAAGCACGGCAGGGCUACAACGAGAUGAAACAUGCGGUCUUUUAGGCGAUUAUAGCCGGCUAUGAUCAAAGACCACUUAACCAGCAUGCUCCCGGCCCACAAAGGCUCCAUCAACACACUCCAGUCAGCUGCUAAAGUGUAUUGGCGGCGACCGAGGAACACAUAUGAACACAUAUGAAGACGGCACCGACUCGAAUAACGCAACAUCGCGCCGAUAUGAUAGACGUAUAUAUAAUAAAUAAACACUGGCAUAAUGAGCA